GCUUGGUGCGCUCCGGGGCGGUCCCCGCGCGCGGGCCCGGGAGCCGCGGGGAGGCGGGGCGCAGGGCGGCGGCCGCUCAGUCUGCACCAUGGCCUACCCCGGGCACCCAGGCGCCGGCGCCGGCGGCUACUACCCUGGCGGGUACGGAGGGGCUCCGGGAGGGCCUGCGUUUCCUGGCCAGACUCAGGACCCGCUCUAUGGUUACUUUGCCGCUGUUGCUGGACAGGAUGGACAAAUUGAUGCAGAUGAGUUGCAGAGAUGCCUGACCCAGUCGGGCAUUGCAGGCGGAUACAAACCUUUUAAUUUGGAGACUUGUCGGCUGAUGGUUUCAAUGCUGGAUAGAGAUAUGUCGGGUACCAUGGGUUUCAGUGAAUUUAAGGAGCUCUGGGCUGUUCUGAAUGGCUGGCGACAGCACUUCAUCAGUUUUGACAGCGAUAGGAGUGGAACGGUGGAUCCUCAGGAAUUGCAGAAGGCACUGACCACAAUGGGAUUUAGGUUGAGUCCCCAGGCUGUGAAUUCAAUUGCAAAGCGAUACAGCACCAAUGGAAAGAUCACCUUUGAUGACUACAUUGCCUGCUGUGUCAAACUUCGAGCUCUAACAGACAGCUUUCGAAGACGAGAUACUACUCAGCAAGGUGUCGUGAAUUUCCCAUACGAUGACUUCAUUCAGUGUGUCAUGAGCGUUUAAGCAGAGAAGCUGCAUGAUCUCAAUCAACAUUUGAACUCAAGUUAUCUUCUGCUUUGCGCUCUGCCUUCCACAAUGCAUAGAAACUUCAGUCACCAAGCUUCAGUAACAGCUGUUGUAAAGGCCUAUUAACUUUAUGUACUACUGAAGUUUGGAUUUCAGUUUUGUUAAUAAAUUCUUUGGGAUUUUAAUAAUAUCAGAACCAUCACCACCAUUCAGAACUUCCUUGUGUCUCGCUAAGCGCCUUGUAUGUAAAUUAAAGUAUGCAUGGUUCAGGCAUAUUCUGUAUUGCUCACUGUGGGGGAGAUACUAAAAUCUUGUCACCAACAGACUACAACAGUUGUCUCUCCUCUCCUAGAAGAACAUUUACCUGUCAUUGAAGGGUUGAUGUGUAUUAUCAGCAAAUAAAUGGCUUAGACCCACUUGAAUGCAAAAGAAAAAAGAAAAACUUGUCCAUGUUAAUUCCUGUCAGGAUACAGUGGAGUGGCUUUAUAACUUACAGAUAAUUUGUUGGCAGUAUGAAUGACAGAGAACCUAAUUAUUUUCUGCCCUUUGAGAACCUGUUGACUAGUUUGAGUGGUAAAUACUGCCUCCAAGUUCCUUUUGUCAUCACUUGCCACUUUCAAAAAACCUUUGUGCCUAAGUUUUGUUAUGUAAAAGAGAAAGUUGAUAGGAAAAGACCCAGAGAAUAGGACAUUACUGACUAUGGCUAUGUUCGGCUAAUGGGAUUCUCGGUGACUUUAAUUUUCUCUAGACAUUUCCGUAUUCUCCAAGUGUUCUAUCAUAUGUAUACUUUCAUUUUAAAUCAGGAAUCAAAUUUGUAAAAUACUGAAGUUUCUGGGUUGAUAUGCUGGUGUGUUCACACCUAAAAUUCAGAUGCUGCAGGGCCAGGGAGAGAGUGCUCAGCGGGGUGAAGUGUGAGCACUGCAUGUAUGAGUUAGGCCCCAAUCUGACAAACAGAAUCAGGAGGAACUGUGGUGGCCCCCAGCACCCAGCCAGCAAGCCUCCCACCUAACUAGACUAAUUAUUUCAGAGAGGGGUCCCCAAGCACUGUUGGGUGUGCCCUCCCCUGCUUCCCCCGCAUCCAGCUAGAUUAUGUAUAGUAAGGCAGGGUCCCCAGGUCUGUUGUGCUUCCCUACCCCACAAAAAACAAAAAGAAAAGAAAAAACAUGGACUGGAAAGAAAAUGUUGACAUUCCUGUCACUGGGAGUCAAACCCGUUUGCUUUAUUCCUACUACUUUUCCAAAUAAUGCCUAAGUAUCAUAGACUAAAAGUUAAAAAUGAAUUUUUUUUUUAAACAUGCCUUUUAGGAUCAGACUUAAUGCUGGCCAUGUGCUUUAUUACAUAGGUGGCUUGACCACUGUAGAUGUUCUCAGCCUGAUAGCUUGUUUCCCUAUCUUGAAAAAGGUGAUAAUCCACAUGGGAUAGUUGUGGAUAGGAAUGAUUCUUGGCAUAACAGGCACCAGUGUUUCUCUUCUCUAUAUUAAAACUGGCUUUUGUGUAUCACUAAGGGUCACCAAGCACCACUUGGUGUGGCCCUAAUGGUUCCUGACCCUGCAGGAUCUGAGCAGCGUUGCAUCAUUGGGACUCGCAUCAAAGCAUCUGGCCACUGGGUUGAGAACUGCUCACUGACCCCAAGAGCCCUCAGCACUGUUUGGGAGCACCCACCAAACAGAUUGAUAACUUGCCUGGUCUGCAACAUAACACAUCAAAUAACAUCAGUCUAUUUGCUCCUUACCAGAAGGCCUUAUUGUAGGUUACCUUUUCGAUAAUUAUAAAAAUAAAAUUUUC